AUGUCUAAAGCUACCACAAUUAAGGAGGCGCUUAAGCGCUGGGAAGAACGUGAAAAACAAUCUGCCGCCCAAGCGAAAGUAAUCGAGUUACAAUUUCAAUGGCCGCCCAUAGAAAAAAUGGACAAUACCUUGUCGACAUUGGUGAAUUGUGAACGUCUCAGUUUGUCCACAAAUAUGAUAGAAAAGAUAUUUGGUUUGAAUGGCAUGAAGAGUUUACGCGUCCUUUCAUUGGCGCGGAAUUAUAUUAAACAAAUUUCCGGUUUGGAAGCAAUAGCAGAAACAUUACAAGAAUUAUGGCUUAGCUAUAAUCUCAUAGAGAAAUUGAAAGGUUUAUCCACUUUAAGGAACCUUAGGGUGCUGUAUAUCAGCAAUAAUUUAAUAAAAGAUUGGACAGAAUUCAAUCGCUUACAAGAGUUGCAGGCUUUGCAGGACUUGGUGGUGGUAGGUAAUCCCAUAUCUGAUGGUAUGGACGAAACGACUUGGCGUUUGGAGUGCAUUAAACGUUUGCCGACAAUUAAAAAAUUGGACGGUGAGCCUAUAGUUAUCAACGAAGAACAAACGCAAAUGUAA